AUGACUGGUUCAACACGAUCUGCUUAUCAACGUAGACAUUUUUGUAUGCGGACAGUUCAUCUUCUUGUUGCACAUCCAAUUUAUUCGUGUUUGUUACUAUUUAUUAUGUAUUUACAAAUCAUGGAUAUCAUACUUUAUUUUAAAAUACGUUCAAGAGGACCAUUACAUUCAAAUACGAUGAUAGAUAAUGACACGAAAUUGUUCAAAUUUAUUUCAUUAUCAGUCAAAGAUAUUAUAGUUGGACAUUUUACUCAUUAUAUUCGAUCUCCAUUAGCUGAAUUAAUUGAAUCUAAACUUCAUUUUACCGAUUAUUUCCCAUUUAUAUCAGCAAAUGCCAUAUCAUUUUUUCAUUGUUGCUUAUCCGUAAUCUCAAUAAGAUUUUUUUCAAGUGAUUCGUUAUUAAAACGUCGUAUUGGUGUUUUCAUAUUUGAAUGUCGGAAUUUUCUUGAUUGCCUUGAUGGUAUUGUUUAUCGUGCACAUAAGAAAAAUUCAGUUUCGAAAUCUCAUAAUGAAAAUCUUGGUUAUUAUGUGGAUGGUUUAAGUGAUGUGUUAGCUGGAAUAUGCCUUAUGACCGGAUGUUUACUUCAUUUUUACAAACAACGACCCUUCCGACCCAUAACAGAUCAAAUCAACCAAGCACCAUCAAAAUGUACUGACCGAUCGAAUGAUUAUGAAAGUGAUGAUACAGAUUCCGUUAUAUUAAAUAUUGGGGACGAGCAAAAUAUACAAACAAGUGAUGUUAUAAGUAGCGAUAUAGUCGAAACAAAAAGAACAAAAUUUAUCACUCUAAUUCUCUUUUCUUUACGCUAUGCAUUAGCAGGACUAUUUUGGGAUAAACAUGUGAUUAUCUAUGAUCAGCUUUUAGAUUCAUAUACAAAUCAAUCACGAAAACUAGAAUUACAAUUAACAAUUCUACACUCACGGAUAACUAUAUUAAUGCUUUAUUUAUGGAGAUAUUUAGGUCCAUUGAGUGUGCAAGAUUAUCUUGUAGUCGCUGUUUUCUUUGAUCGAACAUGGGAAUUUAUACAGAAAACAAGUAAACUUGGCUGGAUAUCUUUAUUAACAGUCAUAUUUUUGACUGAACUACAUAUUAAUUUGAUUCAAUCGUUGUUUUAUAUUUUUUGA